GCUCCUGCAACGAUGUCUGGCCUCUUUCCGAGCCUCGAGAACUUUGCGAAAGGAACAGUCGCGACAGCCGCGGGACUCUCCACCGUCGGCGUUGGCCUUCUGUUCUUCGGCCAAAAUUACCUGAUCUACCCCUCCGCGUUCCCGCCCGGCUCUCGCACUGAGGUCCCGACCCCGGCGGAUUUCGACCUACCAUAUCUAGACCUCCCCCUCGUCACUGAAGACAAGGUCACGCUACGAUGCUACCUCAUGAUGCAGCGCAAGACGCUGCCCAUACAUGGCGCUAUGCGAGUGGAGACGGAUGACAGCGAGACAGACGAAGAGGCGAGUGUUCUCUCUUUGUCUUUUGCGUCAAGACGGCCUACCGUCCUCAUGUUUCAUGGGAACGGAGGAAACCUUGGUCACCGUAUACCCCUUGCGAAGGUGUUCUAUGUCAAGAUGCGCUGUAAUGUCCUGAUGCUGUCCUACCGAGGGUACGGCCUCUCAGAGGGCAGUCCUUCAGAGAAAGGAAUUCGCAUAGAUGCGCAAACCGCGCUCGACCACGUCCUGGCCCACCCCUCUCUGUCCAAAACCCCCAUUAUACUCUAUGGCCAGUCCAUCGGCGGAGCCGUCGCUAUCGACCUUGUCAGCCGCAACCCGCAUGCUAUACGCGCACUCGUGCUCGAGAACACGUUCCUCUCCCUGCCCCGCCUCGUCCCCUCUGCCCUCCCGGUCCUGGGCCCGUUCGCAUUCCUCUGCCACCAAAAAUGGGACUCGGCCUCAAAGAUCCCGCUCAUACCCGCCGAAACCCCGAUGCUCCUGCUGAGCGGCUCGCAGGACGAGGUUGUCCCGAGCGAGCACAUGCACGAGCUGUGGAAGCUCAUCGAGCAGCGCGUGCCUGGCGCACGGCACAAGACCGAGCCCCACGGCGAGCUCGCAGACGCCAAGGACGAGAGCGUCGAGCUCCCCGCCGGGGGGUACUCGCGCUUCGUCGACUUCCCCAGAGGCACGCACAACGACACCUGUGUCCAACAGGGCUACUGGCAGACGGUCGCUGACUUCAUCGCGCGCGUCGAGGCGCAGGUUCCCGCGGCCCCUUAGCGCGUUCUCCCUCGGACGCCCGGCUGACAGGUUUUGGCGGGCAUACUUCGGGCUGGGAACCGGAACCAGCUGCACUGGGGGACGCGCUUCUCCGGGGGGCAGAGCCCGUUGGGUCACCACCUUCUCAGCCGCGCGCCUUAUGUGUCCCUGGCCCGUGCAUCCUUUCCUUUCCCUGUACUUUUAGCUUUGAUACCACUGCAUAUCGAGCGCCGGAUUUCUG